AGAGAAGAAGAAGUUUGAAGAAGUUAACACAGAUAGAGAAGAAGAAGUUGAAGAAGUUAACACAGAAAUAGAAGAAGGUUAUGGGCAAAGAGUGGAGGGACACCAUCCAAGGCUUCAAACAAAGCAUCAAGCAGACGGACUCAGGAGUGGAGCAGAAACCCAUCAAGGACAACAAAAAAUACACAAAAGAAGAGCACAAGUGUCACUAAAGACGUGUCGGCACCCAAGUCCAAGAGGCUGGCAAGGCAGAACAGCUUUAAGGUGUGGUAUCUGAGAGCCUGGAUUCUACCCUGGAUUCUGCCAGCUUUUCAAAUUCUUUUAGGAGUUUUCCCAUGAUUCCACUGGGCUCUCUCGGCAUGCUCCCACUGCUGUCCCUGUGUGUGGGGGCCAUGUUGUCCCCCCCGGACGCACCCCCCGCCUGUCCCCACUGCAAGGACAGUCUGGUGGCCGCUCCGCCUGCGAGGACAGGGUCAGGGGGGUGUGAGGGACGCCCCGGGACGGCAGGCUGCAGGGUGGCGGUCGCCCCCCUGGCUGCCUCCGACCCCCCUCUGCGGGUGGAACACAGACAUGAAGUCGGACAGGUUCAGCCAGAGGCCGGGGAUGUGUCAGAGCGUCUGGUCCAGUUGCAGCGCUGUAUGCGUUCCCUCCAGGAGCCAGGGGUCCCCAGGGGCCAAGGAGGCCAGGGAGGGGACACGCUGGGGGCCAUUCUGGCUCUGAUGGCUGCAGUGCUGACAGAGUGUGACCUACACUGUCACAGCCAGGCCCUCAGGGCUAUGGCCAGGCGACUGGAGGGGGCAGCGGUUGGGAGAGAGGGAGAGAAAGACUUGAUACUACUGUUGAGGAGCAUCACACAACACCCUCCAACAGUGGCCCCCUCAGCGAGGCUGCAUCCUCAGGACUGUGCUGAGAUCUAUCGUUUGGGGAUCAAAGAGAACGGAAUCUACAGCAUCCAGCCUGACCCACGCAGACCUGCAGUGGAGGCAGAGUGUGACAUGGAGACGGCAGGCGGGGGGUGGACGGUGUUCCAGCAUCGGCGAGAUGGCUCGGUGGACUUCAACCGGACAUGGCAGGAGUACCGCGAGGGUUUUGGUUCCCCACAGGGAGAAUACUGGCUGGGGAACGCAGCGCUGCAUGCUCUAACCAACACUGGUCAACACCUGCUGCGUAUACAACUGGAGGACUGGCACCAGCAGAAACGCCAAGCCACCUACAACACCUUCAGAGUGGCAGCAGAGGCACAGAGGUACCGCUUGACAGCACGGGAGUACUCUGGUGACGCGGGCAAUGCCCUAAGCUACAGCAAACGCUACAACCAUGACGGCCGUGCGUUCAGCACCAAUGACCGUGACCACGAUCGCUACACGUCGGGGAACUGUGCGGAGUACUAUGGUGCGGGCUGGUGGUUCGACGCCUGCCUAGCGGCUAACCUGAAUGGACGCUACUACCGCGGGCGCUACAGCGGGCUGACCAAUGGCAUUUACUGGGGCACCUGGUACAUCCUGACAGACAGUCACAGCGGAGAGCGCUACUCCUUUAAGAGUGUGGAGAUGAAGACCCGCCCACGCAACUUCUAAUAAAGACUGACCUGGGAGCUAGGGCAACAUUUUUAUUUCCGCCUAAAUAGACAUACCCAAACAUAAUGACUGGUAAUGUUGCAUAGUUAUAGAAAGUUCUGGAACUCACCUUUCUGGUAAAAAAUAGUUAUAAAUUGUUGAGAUAUACUCACUUAUGAGGACACACGCUCAAGUACAUAGUACAAAUAUUAUGAAAAUAUAAAAUAUAAAAACGUUUUUUUUCCUAUUCAACAAAAGUGGGGCAAUAGGGCUUGAAAUGACUGAACAGCUUUCUUAAUAUAGUAACAAUCAAAUUAUAAACGACUUAGUAUAAGAUUUAAUCUUUCUUAUAACUGUAAAAUAAAUAUGAUCAUACUUAGUGACAGUACAAUAAUGGCACAAUUUCAUAUAACUGAGUCCACUGAGCAGAGCAGAGACACCAUUCAAAUGUGUGCUGACUCGUUACAACUUCAGCUUUAAACACAAAGGGAUUUUGUCCGUCUGUGAUCAAGAGAAAGUGGUCUUGUUUCAAUUCUAUGAAAUUAUUUAGUAUUUUUUCAUAUUGAGAGCUCUAAAUCCGGUUGAGAAUAUCACAGCGACAUGAAACCACAAUUGUUGGGUCCGCUAGACUGUCAGGCUGGGCUCCGUCACUCCUAAGCAGAGCAAAACGAUUAUUUGUCUGGAUAGGCCAGAAAAUGUGACACGUCACUGCCUAUGCAAAUGUGGGGUCUGAUACCUGACACUUCAAGUCAGCUCCACUGAGAGAGUGGUAGCGCAGAGCAGACAGAUGGAGCUUUCUGGCAAUAUAAGGCACAGGACCCUACGACAUUCAAAGAGCGCUUUGUACACCAAAAUGUCAGUCGGAACUGGUCCCAGACCGUCCAAAGUCCCCUAUAUAGGGGACUUAACAUCUUCAAUUUAAAACAGGCCUACUACUCAAUACUCUGAGCCACGGUACUGUAUAUGCAAAUCUAGGGUGGAGAACCCUAGCUUGGUCCCAGAUCUGUUUGGCAAAACAGCACAAACAGAUCUGGGACCAGGCUAGGGAAACCCUAAUCUGGCUGCAGAGUGUGUGAAGGUUAUUGUUACUCAGCUGAUGACUGGAUGUUUGAUUCACUGGAUAAUGUUGGGAUAGUGAGCCAUUAAAUCAGUUUUUCCAGGUGUAAAUAUGGUGCUAAAUGGAAAACUGGUCAGAUGACUCUAUCCUUAUCAAAUCAAAUCCAAAUCAAAUGGAUUUAUAAAGCCCUUUUUACAUCAGCAGAUGUCACAAAGUG